AUGACUCUGUGUUGUGUUUAUGGUUGUUCGUCAUAUUCUGGCAAAAAUGUACAAUUUUUCUCUUUCCCAAGAAAAGAUAAACACCCUGGUACAUUUAAAAAAUGGGUAUCUUUUUGUAAAAGAAAGAAUUUUGUACCUUCUUCAGGUACCAGAAUAUGUUCUAAACAUUUUAGAACUGAAGAUAUGAAUCAAUCUGAUUUGCUCCGAAAACAGUUGAUGCCGAAUGAAAAUAUUCGAAUACGUUUAAAUGUUGAUGCUGCUCCUACUGUACGUUUUGACGACGAGAAAAUUACGCCGAAAACUGUACGAAGACAAUUAUUGAGAACCAGUACACCAAAAAAAGUAAAAUUACAACCAUCAACAUCAACUAAUAUCAUAUGUAAGAAUAAUUGUCAAAAACAAAAUAGUGAAGAGUUUCUGAUUAAUUCAAAUGUCGAAAAUAAGAACGAUAAAGGUAUACAGUGUGAUAUGAAUAAUGAAACAAAUACUGAUGCUACCGAAUCAUUCGAUUUUCCAUCUGAUAUUAGCUCUACAGAUGACGAAUCAGAAACAACUUAUGGAGAAGAUGAAGAGCAGCUCGAUUAUCUUAGCGCGAAAACACAUUCACUAGAAAAGCACCCUGAGAUUGAACAUGAGUUUGAUAUAUGGCACUUAACAAAAAGUUUAAUGAAGAGGUUAAAAACAUUAGAAAAGAAACAUCUAGAUGUUUUUUUAUGGAAAUCUAGUAUUAACAACCAUUUAUGGUGGUCGGCGCAAACUUGCCAAGGAAAUGGUAAAAUAUUGGUUGAAAAUUUUUUAUCAGUUAUACAUCCUAUUAGUAAUGAACACGAAUGGGAAACGAGCGGAGAAAUAAAACGGUGUGAACAUGAGCCAAUAUCAGAAAAAGAAUCAAAUGAAAAAUUAUGGAUUAACCCUCUGAGUGAAUCAUUCUUUGCGUUAAAAAAAAUUUUAACAGCGAAAGAUUUUAUAAAAGAUUUGGAACAAGCAAAACAUUUUGUUCAUACGGCAAUAUUAGAUCAUAAUUAUAACACAGGCAAAAACAUAAUUGGUGAUAAAAUGGUUUUUUCGAAAUCUCUUCGAAAAUACACAAUAAAAAAUACUUACGAACGAUCAAAGACAGAUUGGCGGAAACAAAUUAUGAAUAAGAUUGAAGAAUUGUCAAAAGAAAAUAUCUUAGAACCUAUGAAUAUCUCUGAAAAUGUAUCUGUUCCACAAAAUAUCGUUCUUUUACCGAAACCAGAUUUAGACGAAAUGCGCUAG